AUGGAUUGGCUUGCUGCCAACCAUGUGCUGCUGGACUGUAGGGAGAAGACUUUGAUCUUCGGUGCAACAAUGACGGAGGUUCCAAGGCUUAUGAGCCAGGGAGCGUGGGAGAACACGGUAAACGCCAAGGCUUUCAUGGUUAUGUUCUUAAUGGAAACUGAAAGUGUAGUGGAGCUGGAGUAUAUUCCAGUGGUCAAAGAUUUCUUGGAAGUGUUUCUUAAAGAUAUUUCUGAGCUACCGCCUAAGAGGGAGAUAGAGUUUGCUAUUGACCUCAUUCUGGGAGUAAGCCCAAUUUCUGUGGCGCCUUACAGGAUGUCACCAGUGGAGUUGGCAGAGGUCAAGAAGCAAGUAGAAGACCUAUUGCAAAAAUAG